AUGGCAAGGGUGAUCUGGCGCCAGGGCGCGGCCUUGGCCAGGAGGCUGUGCGACCAGUUCGAGGUAGCCGCCAACCAUUUGCACGUCGCGGAGUCUGCGGUCACGUUGCUGGAGCCGGAGGUCUUUGCAGCCUGGACGAACGACGUCCACUCUUCGAUCCUCGGCGCGGACCGCGAGGAGCUUGUGGCUACUGCUGCGCGCGGGCAUCGCGCGUCGGCCGCCCGUGGCCGGGCGCGCGCCCUGGAGCGGAAGAUGAAGAUGUGGUCGCCUUUCGCCUCUUGCGUCACGCUGGCGGCGGUGAAGGUGGGCGACGAGGCGGUGACGGAGCCUCGAGCACGGGCUGCUGCCUUGUCCAGCUACUGGGCGCCCGUCUUCUCGCGCAAGGCCUGGGCCCCUCUGGACGCGCAGAGGUGCGCAGAUAGGAUGAUCAAGCCGUUCGACUUCUCGUCCGCGCCGCCACCAUCGUACGGGCUCAUGGUGAAGGUGGCGCGUCAGGCGACGCACUCGGCGCCAGGCAUCGACGGGCUCCCCUACAGUGCGUGGGCGGAGUCGCCGCGCUGUCUUGAGGUGCUGUGGGCCGCGUGUUGCUGGCUCCUCUCGGGCCAGGGCCUCUUCGACGCCGAGUCCAUCACGCUGCUCGCCUUCUUGCCGAAGGGCGAGGACGAGUCCGAUGGUGUCGACGGGCGCUGUGCCAGGCCCCCCGACCAAGUUCGCGUGCUGGGCUUGCGCAAUUGUUCGAGCAAGAUCCUCACGGCCACGGUGAACGUGGCGCUGCAGGAGCCGCUGGCGAAGAUCAUCCCACUCUCCCAGAGAGGCUUCGUGCGGGGGCGGAACUUUGGGUACAACAUCUUGGAGGUGGACCUGGAAUCGCGGUGGCACAGCGCUCAACCUGACGCGGUGCAGAAAUCGCCGAUCACGGUGAGCUUCGACUUCGCGCAGGCGUUCCCAUCGCUGAACCAGCUCUUCUUGGUUAUGGUUUUGCGCAGGUUCGGCUUCCCCGAGGCCGUGAUCGAGUUCGUUAUUGAGCUGUAUGCGGCGGUGCUUGCGGUGGCGGCCAUUGCUGGCGUUGUGAUCCCUCUCUUCUGGCAGCGCUCUGGGAUCAUCCAGGGCGACGGCCUUUCGGGGUCGCUCUUCGCCGUCGCCAUGUCGCCCUUUUUCUUUGACGCCGAGGCUGACGUGGAGAAGAAGCGACAUGGGAUUGUGCGAGCCUGCGCGGACGACGUGGCGGCUGUGCUGGUCGCCUUCGUGCACAUCUUGCGCAUGCUCCGCAUAAUGAGAUGCGCGGACAGGCUUGCGAAUCUGGUCUUGAAGCCGAGCAAGUGCCACGUGGUUCCCACGGAGGCGGCCUUUAGCGAGCCCCUGCAGUCCAAGAUCCAGGCGAUGCUGGCCCAGCGCGCACCGCAGUGGGCGGACUUCAAGGUCGCGCCCUGCCUCCUCUUCCUGGGCCUGUGGGUUGGCCCCGCAGUGACGCUGGAGAUCGCCUGGCGCGCCCCCUGGCGCAGGUACAGGCAACGCGCUCGCGCUGUUGGGGACGGUGUCACCUCCGUCACGAUGUCGGCCCGGUACUACGCAACGAGGGUCCUCCCCGUGUUGGGGCAUGUCGGACAGCACUUGCCGCUCCCGUGGAACCUCCGGCGCGAGGAGCCCACGGCUUUGGCCGAGGUCUUCAAGAUGCCGAUCGGUGCCCUCACGGUGAAGGACUGGGUUCAGGUCGCAACAGUGUCGGCCCUCAUCCGGGCCGCCGGCGUUACGCUCUCGAAGUUCCGAGCGCUGCUCUCUCGACACCGGCGCCGAGUGGAAGGCGCCGUUGACUUCGUGCCGUUGCCGAUGGCCUCCUCGCGGGCGCUGGCUCCCAUCUGGUGGAAGCUGCCCUCGUAUGCGGAGUUCAUGGCCGACGCGCUGGGGAUCGCUGCGUUGCCCGAGGAAGCCAGCCACCCGCAGGCUCUUCUGACGGCUGGGCGCCAGGCUGCGUUGCAGGAGUUGGAGGAGGCCGGGCUGCGGGGGAGGAGGCCCAUGGUGCAGCAGCGCGUGCGCGCGGCGGUGGAGUCGGCCUGGCUUGAAGGGCAAGACCUGUCGCAGACAUUCGAGCGGCGGCUCUUGAAGUGGUGGCCAGAGUUGGCCGAGAAGAUACGCGCCAUCCCGUGGGGCCAGCUCGGGGACUUGGUCUCGACGGCGUCGCCGGCCUGGGCAUUCCAGGUCAUCCGCUCGUUCUCCAGCGGCUGGCUCACGUCCCACAGGGUCCUCGAUGCCCGCGGGCGCCGUUCCUGCAUCCUCGGCUGCGACGCGCCCGAUUGCUUCAGCCACUACGUGAACUGCGACCGCCUCUCUUGGGCUGUCUCGCUGGCCUUGGGCAGGGUGCUGCCUGGCGGCCGCUUCAUCGAAGGGGGGCCUCUCUUAUGGCUCGGCCUGGGAACCGCGGCCGAGCAGCCGCUGGACGCCGAGCGGUUCGAGCACGUGGUCAUUGCGUCCUACUUCUACCACUCGUCGCGGCAGGAGCUGUUCGUGCCGCCCGACGAUGCGUUGGCGCUUGCGCGGGCUGCGCUCCGUGCCGCCCGGUUGAGUGCUGCUCCGGCGCAGCGCGCGAGGCAGGCUGCUCGCGGGAGCGCGAGGGCCGCGGCGGCUAGCGGCCGCUAG